AUGGCUCAAGCUGAAUCCUCCGCCAGUGCUGCUCGCAAUGCCUUAAAGGCUAACACUGCCGGGGCGCCCCCGGAUUAUGAACUGCCCUGGGUCGAGAAGUACCGCCCAGUAUUCCUUGACGAUGUUGUCGGCAACACAGAAACCGUGGAACGGUUAAAGAUUAUCGCCAAAGAUGGAAAUAUGCCUCAUGUGAUUAUCUCGGGUAUGCCUGGUAUCGGAAAGACGACUUCGAUUCUCUGCCUGGCGCGGCAGUUACUGGGGGAUGCUUACAAGGAGGCUGUUCUGGAAUUGAAUGCCAGUGAUGAGAGAGGUAUUGACGUGGUGCGGAAUCGUAUCAAAGGAUUUGCCCAGAAGAAAGUCACAUUACCUCCUGGCCGCCACAAGCUUGUUAUACUUGAUGAAGCCGACAGUAUGACAUCCGGCGCUCAGCAGGCGUUGCGGCGAACGAUGGAAAUCUAUUCCUCCACGACACGAUUUGCCUUUGCGUGCAACCAGUCGAACAAAAUUAUCGAGCCUCUCCAGUCACGAUGCGCUAUUCUUCGGUACGCCCGAUUAACCGACGCACAAAUUGUGAAGCGAUUGAAGCAGGUUUGCGACGCAGAGCAGGUAAAACACACCGAGGACGGACUAGCAGCGCUAGUAUUCAGUGCCGAAGGAGAUAUGCGCCAGGCCCUCAACAACUUACAGAGUACCUGGUCCGGAUUUGGGUUGGUCAGCGGGGAUAACGUCUUCCGCGUGGUUGAUAGCCCUCACCCAAUCAAAGUCCAGGCGAUGAUCAAAGCCUGCUGGGAGGGAAAAGUGGACUCCGCUUUGGAGACACUGAACGAGCUAUGGGACUUGGGAUACUCGGCCCAUGACAUUAUCAGCACUAUGUUCAAGGUGACCAAGACGAUUCCUACUCUGUCCGAACAUUCUAAACUGGAGUUCAUUCGUGAAAUCGGGUUUACACAUAUGAGGAUUCUUGAUGGCGUACAAAGUCUACUGCAGUUGAGUGGACUACUAGCGAAAAUCAGCAAAGUGAAUAUGAAGCCACAGCUAUUUGAACCUCCCAGGUCGUGA